AUGAUGAAGACCGAAGCCACCUCCAAGAGCGCCGGCUCCACGCUCAGGAGCCCAUCCCCGCACAGGAGCGCCUACGAGGCGGGGAUGCAGGCCCUGAAGCCCGUCGCGGACAACGCCGCGAACGGCAAUUUACAGGAUGGCCCCCGCGGGCGCAGGUACGGCUCCAACGUGCACCGCAUCAAGAACAUGUUCCAGCAGCUGCAGACCACCACGACUGACGCCGAAUCCGAGGAGGGCGCCAAGGCAAGCGACAAAGCCGUGCGCCUCUCCCUUCCCAGGGCCGGCAGCCUGAACGAAAACGUGGACCACAGCGCGCUGCUUAAGCUCGGCUCCACAGUGUCCGAACGCGUGAGCAAGUUCGACACCAAGCCCGAGAACGGCCACCAACGGGCCUCGUCGCCCAGCUACUCCAAGCUGCAGGAGACCCGCCGCAUUUUCGAGCAGCAGCAGGAGAAGCUGGCCACCACCAGGGUUCUGCUCAAAGCAGACAAGGCCCCGGGCCUGCAAGAGGGCAGGCUGGACAUGAUGGCACGUUUCAACGGCAGCACCGAAUCUCUGGACAGCUUGGACGCCAGCGAGGCAGUUUCCCCCACCGUCAGCCAGCUCAGCGCCGUCUUCGAACGGGCGGCCGAGCUCCGAAACAACCUGAACCGUCUCUCGUCCACGCCGCCGCUCCCUUCCAGGGGGGUGAGUGCCAAGGUGGGUGUCUUGAACUCCAAAAUAAUCACCAAGAGGGCAGGAACGUUGGCCACCAGCAACCAGGAGGAUGACAUUACCAGUCAGCGGGACCAAGAGGGGCCUGUGAGGAAACCCUGCAGGGGGUCCAGCCCUGCUGAGAGCAUGAAUGGGGGUCAAAAGGUCGAGGUGGAACAGCACAGGGCAAAGACGGUAUCUGAUGCCGGUGUAGAGGCCAAGGCUGAGCAGCUGGAGGAGGCCAGCAAGGCUGCGCACUUCGAAAACGGAGAUGCCACCUCAUCAGGGAUAGAGGCGGCAGGGGAGGACAGCCGGACGCUGGGAGACGACGGAGGAAGCCAAGAGGAGGACGACGAUGACCACUACGAGGCCGAGUCCAGUUGCGUGGAGAUCGCCGGGCUGCCUGCUGAAGAGGAUCCACCCCCGUCCCGGAAAAUCCACUUCAGCACUGAGCCCAUCAAGGUGUUUGCCACCUACCCCAACGAGGACUACGACAGACGCAAUGAAGACGUGGACCCAAUGGCGGCGUCCGCUGAGUAUGAGUUAGAGAAGCGAGUGGAGCGGCUGGAUCUGUUCCCUGUGGAGCUGGAGAAAGAUGAGGACGGCCUUGGCAUUAGCAUCAUAGGCAUGGGUGCAGGAGCAGACAUGGGCCUGGAGAAGCUGGGUAUAUUUGUUAAGACCGUCACUGAGGGGGGAGCAGCGCAUCGUGACGGCAGGAUCCAAGUGAACGAUCUGAUCGUAGAGGUCGAUGGAACGAGUUUGGUGGGAGUCACCCAGAAUUUCGCCGCCUCCGUGCUAAGGAAUACGUCAGGAACUGUCAAGUUCUUCAUCGGGCGUGAGAAGCCAGGUGAACAGAGCGAGGUGGCUCAGCUCAUCCAACAGACUCUGGAGCAGGAACGCUGGCAGCGUGAGAUGCUGGAACAGCGCUACAACCAGUACAUGGAAGAGCAAGAGGGUGGCGAUUAUGGCAGCGACGAGGACGAGGAAGAAGAUGAAGACGUCAGUCCGCAGUACACGGGCGCCAUCGAAGUAUUCGACCUAGCGGAGAACGAGGACCUGUCGCCACUGGAGACAGACCCUGAGAAACUGGCUCAUAAGUACAAAGAGCUUCAAAUAAAACAUGCUGUGACUCAGGCAGAGAUCCAGCAACUGAAGAGGAAGCUGCACCACGCCGAGCAGGACAAGCAGCGCUGGCGCAUGGACAAGUCGCAGCUGGAACAGACGCUGCAAGAGAACAAGGAGCGCAUGGAGAAGCUGGAAGGCUACUGGAUGGAGGCGCAGAGCCUGUGCCAGGCGGUGGACGAACACCUGAAGGAGACACAAGCGCAGUACCAGGCUCUGGAGCGCAAGUACAGCAAGGCCAAGCGGCUUAUUAAGGAAUUCCAGCAGAAGGAAAUUGAAUACCUGAAGAAGGAGACUCAGCGAUGUGCACAAGUCGGAGCAGAGGCUUCCCUCCUCAAGGAGGAGUCGGGUCAGCUGCAGGAACAGGUGGCUGACCUGGAGUGCCGUGUGGAGGAGCUCAAAUCAGAACCUUUAUAA